AUGUCCUACUACCAGCGGCUGGGGGAAAUGAAUUACAUGGCGGAAGAGGAAGAAAUGGUUGAUUUCGUCGAUGAAAUGGAUGGAGGAGCCGCCGGUGCCGCCGCUGGUGUGGAAGAUGUUGAAGCCGAUGAAUACGACUUGCUUACGAAGGCUACGGAUACAUCUUCUGGGCAAGCCAGAAAUGGGCAGGACAUACAGGGUAUUCCCUGGGAAAGAUUGAAUAUAACCAGGGAAAAAUACAGAUUGACCAGGCUUGAGCAGUACAAGAAUUAUGAGAACAUUCCUUCAUCCGGCGAAGCUGUCGAUAAGGAGUGCAAACAAAUGGAGAAGGGCGGCUGCUACUAUGAAUUCUUCCAUAAUACUAGAUCGGUUAAGCCUACCAUUCUUCAUUUUCAGGUUAGGGGAUUUUGCAACUUCUCUCAGGAACUUGGGCAUGUAGCACCGUCUGAGUCCUUGGAUUUGGAGCCUCUGAUGUUAGCUGCCUCAAUUGAGCUGCUACUAGUUGUUAUCAGUCUGGAUAUAAGAACCUUAUCAGACAUAAGUAUGCGUCUGGAUAAACAAGGAGUUAGCUUCUGUACCCGCACUACAUAUGAUGAUAAUGCCAUCACCAAUGCUAUUGAGAUAUACGACAGCAUGAGGGGUGGAAUCCAUUUCAUGGCAUCCAACAAUGAUGGUGGUCUUAGAGAAUAUGACUUAGAGACAUUUCAGCUUUUGAAUCACUUUCGUUUCCCUUGGCCAGUGAAUCACACAUCAGUGAGCCCUGACCGUAGGCUAAUGGCAGUUGUUGGAGAUAACUUGGAUGGAUUGUUGGUGGAUUCACAGAGUGGGAAGACCGUAUCCACUGUGGAAGGACACCUAGAUUAUUCAUUUGCAUCAGCAUGGCACCCAGAUGGACGUGUUUUUGCCACAGGGAAUCAGGAUAAGACUUGCCGGGUGUGGGAUAUAAGAAAGUUGUCAUCGCCUACUGCUAUUCUCAAGGGAAACUUGGGUGCGGUUCGUUCAAUUCGCUUCUCAUCAGAUGGCCAAUUCAUGUUUGUAGCUGAACCUGCAGAUUUUGUGCAUGUUUAUAGUACACGAGAUGAUUACAGGAAGCGGCAAGAGAUUGAUUUCUUUGGAUUAAGGGAGGCCCAGAGUCAGAAUAGGACAACGAAAGGAAGAAAUGAAAGAAUUGAGGCGACAGUAGAUGGGAUGGGAGUCGGGAGUGGUGGGGGCCAACAUGCAGAAGAAAGAGUCAUGUGA